CAACACGUAGAUCAGACCGAUCCUACCAGAAUACUGAUCUGAGGUCUGUGGAGAGCAUUGCAUUACAUUUGACGUCUAGAUCAGGAAAUGCUUCUUUUACCAAAACAAGCUGAUCUGUGCUCGCGCAAGACACAAGUGAAACCUUGAGCUCCGCAGACUUUGAAACAUGGCUUCCGGUUCAUCGAUGAUGAACGGGGACAUCAAUCACCCCCGAGGGGGUCCGGGGGCCGGCACUGGCAAUCUGGCCGGUUUAGAAGAGACGAUUCAACAAAUGAACACUCUCAUCAAAGAAAACAGAGAACUGAAGGAAGCCCUAAAACAGACCAAUUUGAGCAUGAAGGACAAAUUCGAGGGCUUGUCCGCAUGGAAGGAGAAACAAAAGGAGGAGAGAGAGUUCCUGGAGAAACGACUGGAUGAAGCCAGAGCCGGACUGAGCACUGUGGACGCGGAGAACGAGACCCUGAAGAAGAAAGUGCAGGAGCUGGAGAAGAGCGGAGCCGAGUGUUUACAGUCGGAGCUGGAGGCGUUGAGAGGUCAGAUCGCUCGACUUCAGGCUGAGAAAAACGAUCUGGUGGCUUUAAACUCUGAACUCCAGCUGAAAAUGGGUCAGGGUUCACCUCGGGACUCCUUUAUCGAGAUCAGAAUAGAUGACGGUGAACUCAAUGUGACUAAAGAUUUGACCAGUACACAGAAAGACCAAUCUUCAUCCAGCGUGGCAAAGGCCGAGUCCGAGGAACAGACGGUGAGACAGCUCCUUCAGUCUCUCAGGAUCGAGACGGAUGAGAAGGAAGGGCUUCAUCUAAAGCUUCAGGAGGCCCAGGCGAGGAUCGCAGAGUUGCAGAAGAAAGUGGAUCAAAGUGAGGGCGGCACGCAAACGUCUCUUCCCUGCGCCACUGAAAAUUCAAGCGGCGAGGUUCAGACUCUGAAGGCUCAACUGAUGAAGCUCUGUGAUGAGUUAAAACAGGCUCAGAGCAAACUGGACGAGGCCGAGAACAUGAAACGAAAUCUGCAGGACAGGUGUAAAGAACUGGAGCAGGAUCGGAGCACUCUGAAGACCCAGCUCGGAGACAAGCAGAAGGUCCAGACUGAGAACGAGAGUCUGAAGGUCCAGAUGGAUAGUCUGCAAGCUGCUGUUAAACUGGAACAGAAGAAGACUCAAGAUGAAAAGAGUAGCCUGAACCAGCUGAAAGAUGCCUAUACUAAGCUCUUUGAGGAUUAUAAUGAACUUCAAGAGGAGGAGAAGAAGAAAGAGGGAAGUGUGUCAAAGGAAGAGUAUGAAGACCUCCAAACCAGGUUUACAGCCGCUGAAAAGGCCCUGGCGGACAAACAGCAGAAGAUCGAUGACAUGAAGAUGGAAAUCUUCCAGAGGGAGAAGGAGCUGGAGACCAUCUCUGUUUUCAAAGCUCAGGCUGAAAUAUAUUCCCAAGAUUUCCAUGCCGAACGAGAAGCUCGUGAAAAGAUACAUGAGGAGAAAGAACGUCUGGCCAAUCAGUUGGAUUAUGUGAAGAAACAACACAGUCAACUUCAGGAGGAAAUGGAGUCGCUCGGCAGGCAAUCUAUGAGCGAGAUGCAAAGGAGACUUCUGUCAAGUGGGGCCAAUCCACAAGAACCCGCGUCUCCAUCACAGGGGGCCAGAGAUGACUGGCAGCAGCAGAAUAUUCCAGAAUAUGCGUGUCCAAAGUGUGAGGAAGUACUGCCCGACCUGGACACCCUGCAGAUCCACAUUAUGGAUUGCAUCAUCUAAACCUGUUGCCUAGUAACCAUACAGAAUUCCCUGUCUGUGAAUCAGCUUCACUUUCCAGCACUGCAGAUGUAGACAUCAAAUGACAAAAACAUUUAGCUCAAGUUUAACAUGUAGGUUCGGUGCUGGCUGGUCAGACGUUCUCUAAAUAGACUUUAAAUAACAGCAACAUUCAUUAACUUAACGCUGCUAAAUAUAUACUCAAUGUAUAAAUGUUAACUGCUCAGAAAGACUGUAUUACUGUAUGGUGCAGGUAGACAAUCGGAGCGGCACGAUCUAUUCAUCUGUUGUGUACGACUUUAUUGGUCGCAAAAAGAUUUGUUUAUGUUAACCUUUCUGAGAAUCUGAAAUCUAAAUUGAGAUUGAAUUAUACAGAAAAAAGGUUAGUUUCAUUAAUCUGCUUAAUUCUGCUGUUAAUGACAUUAGAGACCCCAAAGACAACUGAUUUGAUAGAAAAAGUUUUUCUUUUUGUUUAACUGUUAAAGCACUUUAUCUUGUUUGAUAAGCAAGCCUAUUAAGAUUAGGGGAAAGAUAUACAGCUUCGUAUCUGUUAAAACAUGCUUGAUUUAAAUAAACACACGAAGUUCA